CCACCACCAAGCUUAGGCACAAAUGGGUGACUCAACCUUCGCGUGCAGGACCAGCCAGGCCAACAUUAAAACAGCAUUUAAACUGUUCACAGGAAAAAAAAAGAAUUGCUGGCCCUAUAAAAUUAUUGGCCUGUAUCGUCUAAGGCUCUGUCUGCGGUCCGGGAAGCUUCUCACAUCUAGGCAAAAAUACAAUUGCAAACAAUACCAGCAAAUCACAACCCCGCGAAAUCCCUUGGGAAAGCUUGAUCACGGGAUUUGGACUUGUGCAUACAGCCAGCACGGCGCACCACCGACAUGACUUCGGUCGCGACCGACGGUCCCACCCCGGGCCCCGGAGCAGACGUUACCAGUGCUCCCGACACAUCAAAGUUGACAGAGAAGCCCCUAGCCCCGGCGGCAGCGUCUGGCAGCGCAGAUGCCCCGGCUGCAACGGCGGGGGCGGGGGCGACCCCAUCAAAGAAGAUGACCGCAGCUGCUGAGGCAAAGGCCAAAAAACAAGCAGAGAAGGCUCAAAGGCGAGCACAAGCGAUUGCCGCAAAGGCCGCCGCCGCUGCCCCUCCGACAGGCCCCGCAUCGGCGACUGAGGCUCCAGCCACGCAGCCUACCGUACCAGGCGCCUCAGGGGACGGAGCAAAGGGCGCCAAGUCCAAGUCAAAGCAGGACGGGCCGCAGCAGGUGCCUGGCGGAGGGCGUCCUGCACACGGUGGAAAGCAAGCCGCUGGCUCGUCGCAUGCAUCAUCACAAAAGGAGAAAAAGGAGGCCAAGCCUUCGGCACCGUUGUGCUUUAGCCAUCUUCCAGUUGCCAAGAGGAUCUCCCUGCCAGAGGCCGACAGGGAUGUGCACCACGCCGUGCUUGCCCUUGGCCAGAAGAUGGGAACGUUUGCCCUGAGGGAGAACAUUGCCAGGCUCAGGGGGACGUUGCUGGCGUUCAAGGAGGUUCUACUAUCAUACGAGGCGCCUGCUGGUAACUCGUUUUCGAGACACUUUGUUCCAUACGUCUUGAAUCCGCAGAUUGAAUAUCUGACCGAGUGCAGGCCUAUGUGCUUCGCCAUGGGCAAUGCGAUUCGGCAGAUCAAGAGCCGCGUUUCAGAGCUGGACAUUGAAACUUCGGACAAGACCUCCAUCAAGACGCUCUGCAAGGCGGUCGAUGCCUUCAUAGAGGAAAAGAUCAACUAUGCCGAGGUCAUUGUAACCAAAAAUGCAGCAGAUAUGAUUGCCGAUGGCGAUGUCUUGUUGACUUAUGGCCACCACAGGCUAGUACAGAAGGCUAUGCAGCUGGCAUGGGCUGACGGCAAGCGCUUCUCCGUCGUGGUAGUGGCUGACAGCACCGGAGCAAAUGGUCGGGACCUGGCCAAGCUACUGCACACAGAAGGCGUCAAGGUUUCAUACGUCCCGAGACUUGUCGAGCUCAGCGGCAUCCUUCGCCCAGGCACCAAGGUGAUGCUUGGCGUCGAGUCUGUCUUUGCCAAUGGAGCCCUAUAUGCCCCGUUGGGCACCAGCGAUAUUGCAGCAGCGGCAGCGCUACGGGACAUACCUGUCAUCGCCCUUUCCGAGUCUAUCAACGUGGACAGAGACCGUGUGGCAAUCGAACCUCUGACCUACAACGAAAUCGAGCCCGACAAGUUUACUGGAGACGGGUUCAGGUUGCUCUUUGACACCACCCGUGAGGAGCAUGUAUCCGUCUUGAUAACCGAGUUCGAGACAGAGACCGGGAACGCCCCGCCAAGCGCUGUUCUUGCAAUCCUUCGAAAACAGGAUGACCCUAACUGACCUUGGUGUAAACCGGCGGGAUACCUGUGGCCAUGAGGUCCGAGCCUGGUCUUCAUGUCACUCCUGUCUUGUCCUUCUCAACAUAGAAAAUUGCUGGGAACCAAAAAAAAAAAAAAAAAAAAACAAACAAACAAGGAAUAAAAAAUAAGAUCUGUAUGCUACCGACAGUUUGUCCGUAGCCUCAGACUUGAUGCUAAGAAAUUUGAAUUCCGAUUUUGUGAUAU